AUGUGGAAAAAGCAAGCCUCCCUGUGUUGGCUCGUAAGUGUCUACGUCGUGUGUCAGCUGGUCGCAGCGAAGAAUAACCAAGUGCGAGAGGAAUACUUCAUUACCGGUAGCAACGGAACACUGUCCUGUGCCACAUCGGAAAACCAGAACAUUGUGUGGCAAAAGAAUGGCGCAAACAUUUCAAACUCUCGAAUAUCGUUCCUUAUCGUGGACAGCAGCGAGGCGGUACGAAAGUGGCCGUACUUUGUGCUCGAGGACGAGGCAGACGAUGCAAAUGCUCAGAAACUGUUCUACACGCUGACGAUAAACAAUUUUACCAAAUCGGACGAAGGGAACUACACCUGCUACAACCUGGAAAAUGGUCUCAACGUGUCGUACUCCGUACGCACCGUAAUUUUACCAAAGAUCACCCAAACUAGCAAUGACAAAAUUAGAACUAAGACGACCAGCAUCCAACAGUUGUACUGUGUGAUCGAGGCAUUCCCGCUGUCACACACCGUCUACUGGGUGAAGGAGGAUGCGUCGGGUGAAAACAGUAUGAAAGCGCUGGCCAACAAUUCAGCACAGCGUGAGAUCGACGAACGGCACAUGAAUGCAACCCUAACACUGCGCGAUCUCACAAAAGCCCACAACGGAACGUACUCGUGUGUGGUAAUGCCUUCGCCACAGAUGCAAGCCAAUUAUGAGGUUAAGAAAUCGAUGGCCCUAUUGAUCCUGGACGUGCCACAGGUAACGAUCGAUUACGCGAAAGCGGUCGGUGCCAACAAGAUCUAUCUGAACUGGACGGUCAACGAUGGGAAUGAUCCGAUUAAGAACUACAUCGUGCGAUACCUGAAAACGGGUGAUCAGACGUUUACGUAUUACCGUGAAAAGAUAGGAGGAAACAAUUCUUACUACGUGCUGGACGGAUUCGAACCCGGGACGGACUACAAGAUCAGUUUGGGUGCAUCCAAUGGGCAGGGUGAUAGCAAGCAUCAUGAAUACAGUGAAACCAUUCGGACACUCGACACUGACCCGAGCUUCACGCCGCUGGUGGAAGUGAAAGGAAGCACCCACUCUACGAUCACCAUCGGGUGGGCACCACCGCCAGCAAAUCUCACCGAUUAUAUCCAAUACUACGAGCUGGUCGUAUCGCUUGCCGGUGUAAAUGCUUCCAUUAUGAAAAAGGAAGCGUUCCAUCCGCAGAAUAGUCGUAAUUUACCGUACAUGUUCGACAAUCUAGCUACGGCGACAGAAUAUACCUUUCGUGUGCGGGCUUGCAGUGAGCUGACGAAGAUUUGCGGCAAUUGGUCAGAACCAGUCAACGGAACGACCAGCGAUGGACAAGCAUCGUCUCCACGGAACCUCAAAAUAACUUGCUCACAUCAUAACAUUUCGCGUCGUAACUUUGUGCGCGUGCGAUGGGACGAACCGGAAAUUCCAAACGGCAAAAUUAUGUCCUAUCAGACCAUCCUGAGCGGGGUCGCUAACUAUCGCUCGGAGUUUGGUAUGAUGAAGAACGAAAGCUGGGGACCGAAGAUUAAAAACAUUCACACACUGUCCACCGAGUAUGAUAAUGUGCCGCCGAACACAAACUACACAGUGAACGUUACAGCCCACACGCGCACAAAACGGCCCGGUGUGGUUGCAUCGGCCACCUGUACCAUGCCGGCUACAACGCCCGACAAUCUGGGUCGCAUCAGUUGGGGCAAGUUACGCACGGACCAGGAUGACUGGAUCUUUAAGUUGUUUUUGCCACGACUUUCUGAGCGGAAUGGACCGAUCUGUUGCUAUAAGAUAUAUCUAACGCGGAUUCACACACACCACAACGGUUCGCUGCCUGCGCCUGAGAACGCACUCAUUACGAGUUAUGCCGACGUGCAUUCGAUCAAUAACACUCACGGGGGAACGUAUCUGGCCGAGGUGUUUGCUGGUAUGAACAGCCAGACGGAGGUAUUUCUGGGCGAUGGGAAGAAUAGUCCAGCGGUCGGGUUAUGCGCACAGUGUCUUCAAAUGCGGCACCCAGUGCAUCAUCCGGAACCAGAACGUCCAGCAGCUACAACAGAAUUGCCUGCUGCUAAAGAUGAUCUUCCAGCUGAUGACGAUGUGACAUCAGCACCUGGCGGAGGAAGAACGGGCAACGAAGCGGUACCAUUAGAAGAUGAACGGAAAGCGUAUGCCAAUCAUGAGAAACGAGAUACGGGAAAAUAUUUCGAGGCACUGCCCCGUUUGGAGACGGUGUUUGACGGUGCUCUGGAUCCGACUAGUAAUUACACCGGUUUUCUGGAGGUUGUCGUAAAAACCGAUAGUGGUGAUGAUGGACGUGACUACGUUUCAACAUUUAGCGAAUACUUCCAAGAAAUGAAUGCCGGCGCACCAUUGGAAGAAGAUACGGAUGGAAACGAUAUUUCCUACAUACUGAACAUUGUUAUACAAGUCUUGCUGGCACUGAUUGCCGUUGUCGUGAUUGUGCUGAUGGUCCUUUGUUUCUUACACAAGCACGUCAGUAACAAUAUUGCGCAGGAAGGAGAAGCGAUUAGUUUGGGUGACUCUUUGAGACGCGCCCUCUGCAAUGGUGGCCGUGGUGUUAAUGCUCAUCAUCGUCAUUUGCUCGGUUCCAACAGUGCCAAGCCGCCGGUCCUUCCGCCGAUCUCAAAAGACGAUCUCCCGAAAGCGUACAAUGAAAAGCACAAAGACUCCGACUACGGGUUCCAGCAUGAAUUCGAGCUGCUACCGGACAAGUUUGCCGACCGGACGACAAAGAACUCCGACAUGAAGGAAAAUAUGCCGAAGAACCGGUAUCCCGACAUCAAGGCGUAUGAUCAGACGCGCGUGAAGCUAACCCCACUGAACGGAUUGGCCGGAUCGGACUACAUUAAUGCGAACUUUGUGAUCGGAUACAAGGAGCGGAAGAAGUUCAUCUGUGCCCAGGGUCCUAUGGAUGCAACUAUCAAUGAUUUUUGGCGCAUGAUCUGGGAACAGCAUCUGGAGAUUAUCGUUAUGUUGACGAAUCUGGAAGAGUACAACAAAACCAAGUGCGCAAAGUACUGGCCAGAAAGUACGAACGAUUCUAUUCAGUACGGUGAGCUACUGAUCACCUUCCAGUCUCUAACAUACUAUGCUGAUUAUAUCAUUCGCACGCUAAAGGUCACAAAACGGUCCGCCAGUUCUGGGGAGGAAACAUCGCGCGAGAUCAGUCAAUACCACUAUCUGGCGUGGAAGGAUUUCAUGGCCCCGGAGCAUCCACAAGGCAUUACUAAGUUCAUCAAUCGUAUUAAUGCCGAAUACUCGCUGCAGCGUGGCCCUAUACUGGUGCACUGCAGUGCGGGCGUCGGUCGAACAGGCACGUUUGUAGCUCUCGAUACGCUAAUGCAGCAGCUACAGGAGGAGGGUCAGGUGUUUAUUUUCAACACCAUUUGUGAUAUGCGAUAUCAAAGAAAUUUCCUCGUCCAAUCUUUGAAACAAUACAUAUUCUUGUAUCGAGCCCUGGCCGAGCUGGCCUAUUUUGGUGAUACAGAGAUCGAUCAAAAGUCGCUGGCAAGCACAAUUGAGGCGUUGAAACAACCGUCUUCAGAGAAUGUCGAAAUAUCACGGCUUGAGCUCCAGUUUCAGCGUUUAAAAGCGUUCCAAGAGGACACGCGGAAAACCACCACAAUGGGUUCGAGUGAGGAGAAUAAACCGAAAAAUCGCUCCGACACGAGCAUUCCGUACGAUAAGAACCGUGUCAUACUGGCCCCUAUACCCGGGAGGGAUCAUUGCACCUACAUCAAUGCGUCCUUUAUCGAUGGUUACGAUGAUGAGAACAACUUCGUGAUUACGCAGGACCCGAUGGAGGAAACCAUUUUCGACUUUUGGCGCAUGAUAUUCGAGCAGCGCAUCAAAACGAUCGUCAUGUUUUCAGAGAUUGGUGACGGUCCCAACAAGUGUCCCAGAUAUUGGGCAGACGAGGAGAUGAAGUACGAGAAUUUGCUGGUGUCGUACAUCCAGAGUGAGAGUGGUCCUUACUACACGAAGCGCGAGUUUACCGUCACCAACUGCAAAACGAACGACACGAUCCACGUGACACAGUUCCAGUAUAAUGGGUGGCCCACGGUAGAGGGCGAAGUCCCAGAGGUAACUCGUGGUAUGAUCGAGAUUGUGAACCAGGCGCAGAAGCAUAGCUCUCAGCAGCAGGACAUCUUUACAAUUGCCGUUCACUGCAGUCUCGGAACGGACAAAAGUUCCCUUUUCGUUGCCAUGUGUAUAUUAGUGAUGCAGCUGAAGACGGAGAAACGUGUCGAUAUUUGCACGGUGGUGCGAAAACUUCGAGCACAACGUAGUUUAAUGAUACAGACAUAUGCACAAUAUGAGUUCUUGCAUAGGGCUAUUGUAAAUUUUGCUGAUCUGUAUAAAAUAUCGCUAGGCAUCGUAAACGAUUGUUGAUAGAAGGCAUAGAGACCGGCUCGAGGUAGUAAUUAAUAUUCGAAC